AGUAAACUGCGAGUCCUCCUCCUCCCCCCACCUCGCUGUCUCCUCUCUCUUUCCCUGCUCCGCUCCCCAAGGCGGUUCCGUUUCGCUUCUCUUCUCCGGCGAGGGGAGACGCUACCCCGCCGCCGGUUACUGCCGGGCAGGAGGGAGGAAGAGGGGUCCGCCUCCGGAUCCGACUGGGCUGGGCUGGAUUGGGAUUGGAUUUGGAUCGUGCCGCGGCGGGAGAUGUGUUGAGCUUUCCCCUGUUGAGUACUAGUAGCAGCGGCAAUGGGCGACCUUCCUGAUCCCGCGCGUGCGCAGGUCGCGGGCGGCGGGCGGCGGGACAAGCUGGCGGCGCUGCUUGAGCUCGCGGCGGCGGAUGAUGUUGACGGGAUGAGGGAGGCGCUUGAACUGGCAGGCGAGGAGGCGGCGGAGCUGGCCGAUGAGGUCGGCCUGUGGUAUGGCCGGAGCAAGGCUUACGAACCGCGGACGCCUCUGAUGGUCGCGGCCACCUACGGCAGCGCACGGGUCGUCUCGCUGCUGCUCGGCCUGAGUGGCUACGUCGAUGUAGCCCGUCGCCCCGGCGUCGACGGCUUCACCGCGCUUCACUGCGCCGCCUCAGGGGGCUCCUCCAACGCUGUUCCGGUCGUCAAGAUGCUUCUGGACGCUGGCGCCGACCUGGCCACCCCCGACUGCGCCGGCCGCUUCCCGGCCGACGUCAUCAGAGCUCCUCCUGCUUCGCCAGAUGCCCUGGGAGAUCUCGAGAUGCUUCUCGGCCGCCGCCGUGCGCUUGCCGUGGCUACCUCGGCGGCGUCUGGAGCGUCUUCCCCGCCGCUCUCGUCCUCACCAGAUGACGAGGGCAACAGGUCGCCGUCGUCGCUGUCUCCUAUCACCGUGGAUCGGGGCAAGAAGGAGUAUCCCGUGGAUCCGACGCUGCCAGACAUCAAGAGCAGCGUCUAUGCCUCGGACGAGUUCCGCAUGUACGCUUUCAAGGUGCGUCCGUGCUCCCGUGCUUACUCCCAUGACUGGACCGAGUGCCCCUUCGUGCACCCUGGCGAGAAUGCCCGCCGCCGUGAUCCUCGUAAGCAUCCGUACACUGCGGUGCCUUGCCCCAACUUCCGGCGCCCCGGUGGCUGUCCUAGUGGCGACAACUGUGAAUUCUCCCAUGGCGUCUUCGAGAGCUGGCUCCACCCGACACAGUAUCGCACCAGGCUCUGCAAAGAGGGAGCAGCCUGCGCCCGCCGCAUCUGCUUCUUUGCACAUGAUGAAGAGGAGCUCCGCCAUGUGCCUCACAAUAGCGGUGCUGGUCUCCUAUCUCCCCGUGCAACUUCAUCUAUUGAUAUGAGUGCAGCUGCCCAGCUCGGGCUUCUUCAAGGAUCUCCCAGGCACUUUGGGCCACCGCCUGGGUCACCAUCUGCUGGGAGCAACGGUGGAGGUACUGCUCCUCAUUGGCUUCAAGGUAGCAGGCUGCGUUCUUCUUUCAAUGCAAGAGAUGCUACUGCUGAGGAUCUUGGCAUGCUCCUCGAUUGGGAAUCACAGUACCUUGGAGCACUUUGUCUCCCAUCCAGCAGCCGUCCCCAACCCCGCCUUUCUACUGGCCUUAGCGUCAGACCAACAGCAAUCGCCCCAUCUACCCUUGAAGACAUGUAUGCUUCAGACCUAGCAAUGUCGCCAAGGUUCACUAAUGACCAAGCUCACUCAGUCUACUCACCAGCUCACAAAUCAGCCAUGCUUAACAAGCUUCAUCAGCAGAAGGGUCUCCUCUCACCAGUUAACACCAACAGAUUGUACUCACCAAGGGGUCUUGAUCCAUCAGCGCUUGUCCAUUCUCCAAUCGGUGGCAUGUCUCCUCGGUCCCCUCGGGUUAUGGAGCCAACAUCGCCCCUAAGUGCUCGUUUUGGGGCCUCUCACACUCAGCGUGAGAUGUUUGAACAGUUUGCCUCCCUGAACAAGCACCAGCUGCCAUCCACGGGUUCACCACGGAAUUCUAACUCUUCAUGGGGCAAUAUGGGUUCCCCAAUGGGUAAGGUUGACUGGGGUGUUGAUGGUGAUGAGCUGGUUCGCCUGAGACGCCCUGAGCAAUCAGGGCUUGCAGAAAAGGAGCCGGAUGUGUCGUGGGGACAGUCACCGAAUGGCCGGAGGGGUGAAAUGCUGGGCAAUGCAGGCGGCUUAGCUUCUGGAUCGACGAACAGGACAGACUGGAACAAUCAGGCUGAUUUGUUGGAUCAGACUGCAAUUGGUGCUUGGCUUGAGCAGCACAUGGAUCAGAAGUGAUUGAAGGAGGCUGUGAAGUCCACAAGCGGAUGAAACCAUCGUUUUACCAAAGAAUAGUUGGUCCUAGUAAAUAAUAAAUAUUCUUUUUUAUUCUUGAAUUUUUGGUGGCAAAGUCAGAGAUGGUGGUGUUCAACAGAACAUCCGGUCACAGAUUGGUAGCUGAAAGCAGUUCAGGAGCAUCGGUAAACAUGUUUUACUUCACCAGGGUCCUAACUAGUAUUCUUUUGAUUAGUUCAGACGGAUUUUUAUUCCAUUUCCAUGGUAAGAAAAAUUAUAUACUCCACCAUGGGUUAUUAUGUGUUCAAGGUCUCUUGCUGACAAGAGAUUAGGAUUGCUCAUUCUUUAUCAAAAUGAACAAUUUUAUGAAAACAUUGUUAAUUUAGUCAAUUUUUGCCUGGUUGAA